GCCCGCCGCUUGCAUUCGGCUGCGCCCCGUCUCGCACGGAUCAACCCCGCCGCCCGGCAGCUGCGCUCCGCUCCCCCGGUGGCCCGCGUCCGGACUCGGGGCUGUCCCGCAACUUUUCAAGUUUUUCUUUCGGAAGCAGUUCGCGCGGGGACGCGCCCUAGCCCACCGCCACCAUGGAUGCCAUCAAGAAGAAGAUGCAGAUGCUGAAGCUGGACAAGGAGAACGCCUUGGACAGAGCCGAGCAAGCCGAAGCGGACAAGAAGGCAGCGGAGGAGAGAAGCAAGCAGUUAGAGGAUGACAUUGUGCAAUUGGAAAAGCAAUUGCGUGGGACAGAGGAUACAAGGGACCAAGUGCUGGAAGAGCUACACAAGUCUGAGGACAGCCUCCUCUCCGCAGAGGAGAAUGCUGCCAAGGCUGAGAGUGAAGUAGCUUCUCUGAACAGACGUAUCCAGCUGGUUGAGGAAGAGUUGGAUCGGGCUCAGGAGCGCUUGGCCACUGCCCUGCAGAAGCUGGAGGAGGCUGAGAAGGCUGCAGAUGAGAGUGAAAGAGGAAUGAAGGUCAUUGAAAAUAGAGCCCAGAAGGAUGAAGAGAAGAUGGAAAUCCAGGAGAUCCAGCUUAAAGAGGCUAAGCACAUUGCUGAAGAGGCUGACCGCAAGUAUGAAGAGGUGGCUCGUAAGCUGGUGAUCAUUGAGAGUGACCUGGAGCGUGCUGAGGAGCGUGCUGAGCUAUCAGAAAGCAAAUGUGCUGAGCUUGAAGAGGAGUUGAAAACUGUGACCAACAACCUGAAGUCGCUGGAGGCUCAGGCUGAGAAGUACUCACAGAAAGAAGACAAGUACGAAGAGGAGAUUAAAGUUCUGACUGACAAACUGAAGGAGGCUGAGACCCGUGCUGAGUUUGCUGAGAGGUCAGUAACCAAGCUGGAGAAGAGCAUUGAUGACCUGGAAGACCAACUCUACCAGCAACUUGAGCAAAACAGUCGCCUGACUAAUGAACUAAAGCUGGCAUUGAAUGAGGAUUAAACUUUAGUGUGACUAUAUUGUUAACUUGUUUGAAAACACCUUCUUCCAAAUUUCCUUUAAGAAUGAAUCAGUAAUUGUUGAAAUAAGCAAGAAACUUAGAAAUUGAUUUUUUUUUUUAGCUGUUGAUUCUGUGGUAAAUUAAUGAAAGAAAUUCUCUUGGGAAAAUAUGGAAAUGCUUCUUCUCGAUGAGGCUUUUCAUUAUGUGUCUGCGCACCUAUUUUGGAGGAGCACGAAGCUCUUCUGUGCAGUAGCUUCUUUCCAUUUAAGUAAAGAGUUACAGCAUUUCACUAUGAGUAUUCAAAAAGUAACAGCCUGUGUUGCAGAAAGGCACUCGGUUUAUCUGACAGCAUGAAUUGGCCCUAAGAUUUUUACCACAGUAAGAGAAAAAUAUUCACUAGAAUCCAUAUUUCUGUAUUUCAAAACCAACUUAAAGGAUACUACAGCUGUUUUGUCUGGAGACUUUGAUGUGAUAAUUUUGCCUUACUAUGAAUUUGGCUUGUAUUUGACAUUAAAAAAAAAAGAAUGGGAGCUCCAUCUGACAAUACCCAAUCAGUUUAAAGGUAUGCUUGCAUAGUAUGAAGUUACUAUUACUGGAUCCUGGUGGGAUGCACCACCAGAACAUUAUGCUCAUUUAUUGUGUUAACUAUGUGUGUUAGGUGAUUGUCCUAUAAAAAUGUGCAUGCAACAUAAGGCUACUAACUUUAUUUUUUUCUAGAAGAAAUACAUUUCUUAAAGGUCACUUUACCAAAAAUUAUAAUAGUUGUAAAUUUUUUGUUCUUUGUGGUUUUGAAUUCUAUGAAACUCUUAAUUUUGUAUCUGCAAAGAACUUAUUUUCUUUAUUGCCUACUUAAAAAAAAAAAAAAAGCCACUUAUUAGCUCCCAUCCCUAUAAGCAAAGAGCUUCCAGAACAUUGUGUCUCUGUUGGCAGUGCAUUUUCUUAACAAAUGCAGCUGUGAACAGUUCUGAACAUGCAUUACUUGCUGUUUGUUUUAUUAAUUUGGAAUUCUCUCUAGUUGUGUUAUCUGGAAACAUUGAUAUGUAUGAGCAUGCACAUUUCUCUCAGAGGGUUUAGAAAGCUAAGAAAUGAUGAUUGCAUGCCUUCAUGUUCAGUGCCUCCAAAGAACUGCUAUUCAUGUUUUAAUUUUCUAAUCCCA